AUAACUAUCUCUCUUUUUUUAGUACAUAUUAUAGUAUGCAUGAUUCAAACAGCGAAGAUGUAAAAGAAAUAAUUUAAUUGAAAUAAUAAAUAAACUGAUGGUGGUCACUGCAAUUCCAAUUGAGAAUACCAAUGGAGAAAGUACAACAGUUUGUAUAUCAACAAAAGAAUUUGAUCCUCAAAAUAUGACUCGUACAGGAAAAUGUUCCAAUAAAUAUUUAUCAAAAAGAGACGAUUACAGUUAUACACCAGGUAUCGAAUACCACAAAUUACAUUCGAAGAACGCCAGAUUCAAUGAUGCAAGAAAAAUAUGCAUUGAAGAAGGUGGUCAUCUUGCUAUUAUCAACUCAUUUGCUGAGGAACGAGUAUUACUGGGUAUUUAUGCUAGAACAAAAACCAAUCAAGACCAAGCAUAUGUUGGAAUACACAAUUUUUAUUCAAGCGAUGACUGGGUUACAAUUUUUGGUGAUUUAAUUUACAAAGCUGGUUACAGUGAAUGGGCUGAUAGCCAACCAAACAACGGAGAUGGAGGUGGUGUUCAAAAUUGCGCAACUCUUUACAAAACUGGAAAACUAAACGACGUUGGUUGUACUUGUACUUUUAUUGGACCAUUUUUUUGUGAAAUACCUGAAUUUUAACAUUUUUUUAUAAUACAUUUAACAUUUGUUUUUUUAUACAUGUAUAAUUGUAUAAUUGAUUUCAUCAAAGAUUAAUUAUAAUUAUGAAACAUUUAUUAUAAUGUUAACAAUGAAUAUUCAA